AUGGCUUCUCCACGGACACUAUUCACGGCCAGCCGCGUGCAAACAUGGACCUACCUGCUUGGCGUGUGUCCAUUCUCGAUUGCAUUCCUGGUCUUCAUCAACUCGUCCAUCUCAUUUGUCGUCACGGAAUUAAUUGGACUCCGUGACGGAGAAGGUGAUGCGGUCGGAACCUUGGGCUUUGCCGACGAACUGCUUGCCCUGGUCGCCUGCCCCUUGUGGGGAGUGCUGUCGGAUCGCAUCGGCGUCCGUCAUGUCUGCACUACCGGUUAUGCUAUUGUGGCGCUUGCCUUGGUCCUCUUCGUUCAAGCGAAAAAUGUCUACCCCCAGUUACUCCUGGGAAGGCUGUUGUUCAGUCUUGGAGGCGCCGCAGUAUCAACAAUGGUCACAGCCGUUCUUCCAGCCGUAGCUGGCUCACACUCAUCAUCACAGCAUCAUUCUACAUCAGACUCCCGGACGAGUAAGAGCUCAUCCUCCCGACUGGCUGGAUAUGUAGGCAUGUGUGCGGGAUGUGGCGCGCUCGUUGCUCUCGUCAUCUUCCUGCCCCUUCCAGCUCGGUUCCAGCAAUCAGGACUUUCCCCUGCGGAAGCUAUCCAGCGCAGCUACUAUCUUGUGGCUGUGGUAUCUCUAGUCAUCAGUAUCCUCUGUUUCUUUGGGCUGAGAAACCUCCCCGGAGAAGAGGGGAAGUCAUGGAGCUCGCUGUGGUCCGCACGUCGGCGCGGGACGCCGGAUAGCGGCGAGGCGUGUUCGUAUGCUCGCAAAUUCCAAUUGCCAUACCUCGAGCAGCUGGGCAUUGCGUUCGCCCUGGGGUUCCGAAAUUCAGAUAUCUUUCUGGGCUACUUGGGCGGAUUCGUGGCACGGGCGUCGUCCGUGGGGAUCUCGCUGUUCAUCCCGCUCGCUGUUAACCAUUAUUAUCGCAUGUCGGGGCUGUGCGGGAACCAAGAUGGCGAGGCUGAGAACCCUGGCGAUCUAAAAAAGUCAUGCCAUAAAGCCUAUGUGCUCGCUUCGAUUCUGACAGGGGUCUCUCAGCUAGUCGCGCUGCUUGCAGCGCCAGCCUUCGGCUAUCUGUCGGAGCGAUCGCGACGCCGUCACGUGCCGCUUUUGGCAGCCUGCUGUGCCGGCCUUGUGGGCUAUACCACUUUUGCCUUGCUGCCCAGCCCGGAAUUCAGCGGGGAGAUGGGCAGCCCCGGUGUAUUUGUAGUCAUGGGCUUGGUUGGUAUCAGCCAGAUUGGAGCGAUUGUCUGCAGUUUAUCAGUGCUGAGCAGCGGCAUUCUCAGUUUGAGCGAGGUAGGUAGGAUGGAGGACCAGUGGUGGAGUUCACCGAGUGAACCCAGCGAAGAUGAGGGUGAGGGUGAGGAGGAAAACGAGAACAACCCAGUCGACGACGAGGAAGAGGAGCACGGAGAAGACCGACCUCUCGUGGCCCAUCGUCCCGGCCGGAAAGAGCGGCAUCUUUCGCACCUGAAGGGCUCAAUUGCUGGGGUAUAUUCCCUGUACGGUGGAGCGGGUAUCCUGCUCUUAACCAAGCUGGGUGGGCUCUUGUUCGAUGUGCUGUCGUCGGGAGCACCGUUCUACAUCAUGGCUGGGUUCAAUGGGGCAUUGCUGCUGGCAGGCCUGGUGAGUGGAUUCAUUGGGCACUCACGAUCCGCUGGACCAGCUGGGUUCGGUGUGUAG